UUGGGCUGUAAUGGCGACUGGGCCGCCGCUGCCGAAGUGACUCCCGGGCGGGGGAGCGGGGCCGGACCUGCGCCAGAGGGAACUGCAGAGAGCCGCAGCUCAGGGGGAGUCUUGCUGUGGGGGAGGGGAGGCAGCCUUUCUGCCUCUCCUUCCUUCUCUGCAGCCCGGCGGAUCCCGGGAGCCGGUGCGAGGCGGGCACCCGGUGCGUCCCCGGAGCGGGGAGGCCAGGCCCGGCAGCCCUGGGGCCGGUCGGGGAGGCAUCACUGCACCCUCCGCCAGGCCCCGCGGGAUGCACCGUGGGAGCCGAGGGCGGAGGCGACACUCUCAGGUAAAUUGGCAGGAUGAAGAGCAGCAAAUCAAAAGAGGUGCCUUUACCAAAUCCAAGGAACUCUCAAAGCAAGGAUACUGUCCAAGCAGAUAUAACCACAUCGUGGAAUGCACUUUCUCAGACCAAGGCUGCUCUGAGACACAUUGAAAACAAAUUAGAAGUUGUCCCUACAAGUACAGCUGUGUUUGAUUCUGUCAUGGAUACCAAGAAAUCUUCGGCAAGUGCUACCAGAAAAAUAAGCAGAAAAGAUGGUAGAUUCCUGGAUGACUCUUGGGUUAAUGCUCCAACCUCCAAAUCUUCAAAAUCACGAAAAGAGAAAUCUCGCAGCCCUCUCAGAGUUACCACCCUGGAGAGUAACAUAAGGAAAAAUAACCGCGUGGAGUUUCGUGAACCUUUGGUUUCUUACAGGGAAAUCCAUGGCACACCUUCCAAUAUAAGUCCUAGCCAUCUAGAGUCAAAGCAUGUAUAUUGUGUGGAUGUUAAUGAAGAAAAGCCUGAGAGUGGGAACCGGAUGAUCUGCAAUCGAGAAGAACGGAACAUACAUUGCUGUGAUUUUGAGAGCUCCCAAUCAUCUGUCAUCAAUGAUACAGUGGUUAGGUUUUUAAAUGAUCGACCAGCAAUUGAUGCGUUGCAAAAUUCUGAAUGUUUGAUUAAGAUGGCAGGUCCUGUGAGAACUGAGGAAGAAAAGCCUAGUAGAGCAAAAGGAAAUGAGAAGGCUUCUGUAAGUAACAUGGGCCAUGAUGUUGAUCCAAAAGUGUUACGGAUAACGGACUCUUCUCCGUCCUCUACGAGUACUUGUAAUUCCCAAAGAUUAGAUAUUUUAAAGCAGCGACAACAUGAUGUCAAACUGGAAAAACUCAAGGAGCGAAUUAGGAAACAGUGGGAACACUCAGAAGAAACAAAUGGCCGGGGCCAGAAUCUGGGUCAUAUUGACCAUCCAGUAAUGGUUGUUAAUGUUGAUAACUCAGUGACAGCAAAAGUCAGGAAAGUGGCAACAGCACCACCUGCUCCAACAUAUAAAGGCUUCAAUCCUUCAGAGACCAAGAUUCGAACACCUGAUGGGAAAGUGUGGCAGGAGGCUGAAUUUCAAAACAUGAGUCGAGAACUGUAUCGAGACUUAGCACUUCACUUUGCAGAUGAUAUCUCUAUGAAAGAGAAACCUGCUGAAAAAAGUAAAGAGAAAAAAGUGGUCAAGCCAGUGCGAAAAGUCCAAAAGGUAACACAGUUAUCAAGUCCAGAAGGCAAAACAGGUAGCAGUCGUCUGAUAAGUACAUCUUCUUGGCGAGAUGGACAGAAAUUAGUAAAGAAGAUUCUGGGGCCUGCACCCAGAUUGGAGCAAAAAGAGCGAAGAACAGCAUCAAGUGACAGAAGUGGAAGAGAAAGAACUACUAAAUCUGGGGGUCAUAUUGGAAGAGCAGAAUCUGAUCCUAGAUUGGAUGUUUCGCAUAGACAUCUUCCACGAAACUCAGAACGUUCGAGAAGUAGAGCUCGGUCUGAGACUAAUACAAAGAAAUUAGCUCCAUCUCUUCCAGAUAAUAAACAGGAGGACAGUACUGCCUUAAAUAAGGACUUUUUACCUCUUGAAAUUCGUGGAAUUCUUGAUGACCUACAGCUGGAUUCUACAGUUCAGGCUGCAAGGCAAGAAAUAGGAGAGUUACAGAAUCCGAAGUCAUCAACACCAGUACAAGCUCCUAGGAGUCACAGCCCAGUAAAAAGAAAACCUGACAAAAUAACAGCUAAUGAAGAUCCCCCUGUUAUUUCCAAAAAGCGCCACUAUGACACAGAUGAGGUACGGCAGUACAUUGUUAGACAGCAGGAGGAAAGGAAGAGGAAGCAAAAUGAAGAGAAGAAGGCUCAAAAGGAGGCCACCGAGCAAAAGAACAAACGAUUACAGGAGCUCUAUCGGAAACAGAAAGAAGCCUUUACUAAAGUCAAAAAUGUGCCUCCUUCUGAGCCAUCAGUAGCCAGGCGACUGCAGGAAACUUACUCCAAAUUGCUACUAGAAAAGACCUUGCUUGAAGAGCCACCUCACCAACAUGUCACACAGGAAACACAGACCAGACCAGGGUAUCAACCUUCUGGAGAAUCUGACAAAGAAAACAAAGUCCAGGAACGUCCCCUAAGUGCAUCUUCCAGUAGUGACAUGUCUCUGUCAGAACCUCCACAGCCUCUUGCAAGAAAGGACCUGAUGGAACCUACUUGGAUGCAGCCUGACAGAUUGAGCCCACGAGUCCACAAUUCUCAACCACAGCCUCUUGCUGGAACAGCUGGAAAUUUACUCUCCCAUCUCUUGAGUCUAGAGCAUGUAGGAAUUUUGAAUAAGGAUUUUGAAUCUAUUUUACCACCCAGGAAGAAUCAUAAUAUGGCCUCAGGGCCAUUAACUUUUACACCUCAACCAUAUCUGACCUCACCAGCUGCUCAUCCAGAUGCCUUGUUAAAACCUAGUGCCAGCCAGUAUAAAAGUAAACUGGAUCGUAUUGAAGCCUUGAAAGCAACAGCUGCUUCUCUGUCCAGCAGGAUUGAAAGUGAAGCCAAGAAAUUAGCUGGGGCUAACAUUAACUAUGGGUCAGUAUGGAGCACUGAGUAUGAUGUACAGCGAACACCCCAAGAGGAUGGAUCUUGGACGAAGGCUCCAAGUCCACCUAUGAAAGAGGAUACUGAAGAUAUUUUCUCUGCCCGAAUUCAAAAGAUGAUGGGAACCUGUGUAUCUCAUGCAACUUUUGAUGACGAUCUUCCUGGUGUAGGCAACCUUAGUGAAUUUAAAAAGCUUCCUGAGAUGAUAAGACCUCACAGCGCCAUAUCAAGGUUUAGAAUGCGAUCCCCCGGUCCCAAACCAGAAGGGCUGCUGACACAAUUGUGUAAGAGGCAGACUGACUCUUCUAGCUCUGAUAUGCAAGCUUGUUCUCAAGACAAAGCCAAAUUGUCUCUUGGUUCCAGCACAGAUUCAGUCAGUGAAGGGCCUCUUCUUAGUGAAGGGAGUCUCUCUGAAGAAGAGGGAGGCCAUGAUGGACAGCCCCCAUUGAAGGUAGCAGAAAUCUUAAAGGAAAAGGAAUUUUGUGCUGGUGAAAGAAAUGGUUAUGAACCCAUCAAAGAAUUUCAGAAGGAAGCUGAAAAAUUCUUGCCACUUUUUGGGCACAUAGGUGGUACACAAAGCAAAGGACCAUGGGAAGAAUUGGCAAAGGGAAGUCCACAUAGUGUCAUUAAUAUUUUUACAAAAUCCUAUCAGUUGUAUGGAAAAGGGUUUGAAGACAGGUUGGAAAGAGGAACCUCAGCCUCGCGGCCUUUAAAUGCCGUCACGACCCCUGUGAGCAGUGUUUCAUAUGAAGAUGACUUUGUCUCCUCUCCAGGGAGUGGGACUUUGACAGAAAGAAAAUCAGCUCUUGAACCUAAUAUCGCAGCUGGCAGUGUGGGCCUUCAGGAGGACCAUUGUAGCAGAAAAUCUGCCUAUGACCUGUCCUCUGUGGACAUUACCUCCCAGCGCUCGUCAGGGGCCCAGUCUGCUGCAUCGUCUCGCUCAUCUGCGUCUUCUAAAGGGAAGAAAGGAAAAAAAGAAUGGCUGGAUUCACUCACUGGAAAUGUUCAGAACUCACUUCUUGAUGAGGAGAAAGUACACUCUGGCUCAGAACGUGGCUCUCAUCAAGGAAAGAAAUCUGGGACCAGUAGCAAAGUUUCUGUUAAAGACUUUGAGCAGACUCUUGACACUGAUAGCGUUUUAGAGGAUCUUUCUGGGCAUUCUGUGAGUGUCUCAUCAGACAAGGGAAGAUCUCAGAAAACUCCAACUUCUCCCCUAUCUCCAAGUUCCCAGAAAUUGUUGCAGUUUGACCUUCCAGGAACUUCAUUGGAAAGAUCUAAAUCUUCGGUAAUAAUGCCUCCAUCUGUGACAGGAUUUAAGCCUAAUGCACCUUUUACUGACAUGAACCCUCCUGCCAGCAGAACGCCCUCAGAGAUGGCCUCGGCACCAGGUUCUAAGCGCUUUUCUCCUGCUGGCCUCCAGCAUCGAAUGGCGGCAGAACUCAGUUACUUGAGUGCCAUUGAGGAGUCCGUGCGCCAGCUCUCAGAUGUGGAGAGAGUUAGGGGCAUAUCGCUGGCUCAGCAGGAGAGCGUGUCUCUGGCUCAGAUCAUAAAGGCGCAGCAGCAACGCCAUGAAAGAGACUUGGCCCUUUUGAAAUUGAAGGCUGAACAAGAGGCUCUGGAGUGUCAGAGACAAUUAGAAGAAACCCGAAACAAAGCAGCUCAGGUCCAUGCAGAAUCAUUACAGCAGGUGGUCAAGUCACAGCGGGAAGUCACCGAAGUCCUGCAGGAAGCAACUUGUAAAAUAGCUGCUCAGCAAACAGAGACUGCUCGCCUCACCACAGAUGCAGCUCGCCAAAUCUGUGAAAUGGCAGAGUUGACUCGGACUCAUAUCUCAGAUGCCAUUACUGCUUCAGGAGCUCCCCUAGCAACGCUGUAUGACCACCAGCGGCAGCAUGCUCCCGACUUCGUGAAACAGCUGAGGACCAGAGCUGAAGCAGAUAGGAAAAGUCCAUCUGUUUCACUCUCCCAGAGUAAAGAAGGGACCCUUGACUCAAAGCAUCAGAAGUAUUCCCCUUCAUAUGAUAGUUAUUCUGAGUCAUCAAGAUAUAAGAAUCAUGAUCGAAGAAGUAGCAGUGGUAGCAGCCGUCAAGAAAGUCCCUCAGUUCUGUCUUCUAAGGAAAAUGAGAGGAAGCUUCAUGGUGAAAAGAUGGAGAGUUCUAUUGAUGAACAGGUUCAGACCGCUGCAGAUGAUUCUCUACGAAGUGACAGCGCACCCUCUCUUCCUGAUGAGAAAGAUUCAACUUCUAUUGCAACAGAAUAUUCACUGAAAUUUGAUGAAUCUAUGACAGAAGAUGAAAUAGAAGAAAAAUCAUUUCGAUCUUUACUACCUUCUGAGAGCCAUCGCAGAUUUAACAUGGAAAAGAAAAGAGGCCAUCAUGAUGACUCUGAUGAUGAAACUUCUCCAGAAAAGACAACACUGUCUUCUGCUAAGGAGCUGAGCAUGCCAUUCUCAGGAGGACAAGAUAGUUUUUCUAAGUUUACGAUGGAGAUGGUUCGACAGUAUAUGAAAGAAGAGGAAAUGAGGGCAGCUCACCAGUCUUCACUCCUGCGUCUCCGUGAGAAGGCCUUGAAGGAGAAAACUAAGGCUGAAUUAGCCUGGUUAGAGCAUCAGAAAAAACAUCUACGAGACAAAGGAGAAGAUGAUAAAAUGCCCCCACUUCGGAAGAAACAGCGUGGUUUGCUUUUAAGGUUGCAGCAAGAGAAGGCAGAAAUUAAACGUCUUCAAGAAGCCAAUAAGGCAGCUCGAAAGGAAAGACAACUAAUUCUUAAACAGCAGGAGGAGAUAGAGAGGAUCCGACAGACCACCAUGAAAUUACAGGAGAAGCUGAAGUCAGCAGGAGAGAAUAAAUUGGACUCUCAUAGUGACGAUGAUACAAAGGAUAAUAAGGCAACCAGUCCUGGUCCAACUGACUUGGAGACCCGCAGUCCUUCCCCCAUUUCAAUCUCCAGCAGUGAAACUAGCAGCAUUAUGCAGAAACUGAAAAAAAUGAGAAGCCGCAUGGAUGAAAAACACUGCUCUCCUGUUCACUACUUCUUCUCUGUCUUUACGUCUCACCACUGGGCCUCUCUCAGUGUCUGUUUUCCCAACCUUCAUCCCAAAUUCCAGCUGUAUAUCUACAACCAGUUGGUCAGGUUUCUGACAAAGCGAGAGCAGAAACUAAUGCAACGGCGACAACACGCAGAGGAGCUGCUGGAGUGGAAGCGACGUUUGGAUGCAGAGGAAGCAGAAAUUCGUCAAAUGGAGAAACAAGCUUUGGCUGCCUGGGACAAAGAAUUAAUAAAACCUAAAACUCCGAAGAAAGAAACUGAGGACCAGAGAACAGAACAGAAAGAAAUAGCAAGUGAAGCAGAAUCUCCAGUACCUUCUUACUCUCACCUCCACAGUGAAAGCUCUAUUCCAGAAGAAUUGGGCAGUCCUGCUGUUGGAUAUAUACCCUCCGAGUCUAUAGUUCAGGAGCAGUCAGGGAGUCCAGAUCAUAGUGUACUUACUGAAGAAAUGGUUUUUUCACAAGAACUGGAAUCUUCUACCUCUCCUAGUAAACAUUCACCUCCCAAAAGCUGCACAUCAGUAUCAAAGCAGGAGUCUAGCAAAGGAAGUCAUAGGACUGGAGGACAGUAUCGUCUACCUAUCAAGUCCCAUCAACACUGUUCUAGUUGGUCAGAUGAGUCAUUAUCUAUGACACAGUCAGAAACAACAUCUGACCAAAGUGACAUUGAAGGUAGGAUCAGAGCCCUAAAGGAUGAGCUGCGGAAAAGAAAAUCAGUUGUGGACCAGCUGAAGAAGGAACAGAGAAAACGGCAGAAGGAAAGACUGAAAGCCCAAGAAGCCAGUCUGAUCAAACAGUUAGAGUCAUAUGAUGAAUUCAUUAAGAAAACUGAAGCAGAGCUUAGCCGAGAUUUGGAAACAUCACCAACAGCCAAGCCUCAAAUUAAAACGCUCUCCUCAGCUUCUGAAAAGCCCAAGAUCAAGCCCCUUCCACUACACAGAUCUGAAACAGCAAAGAACUGGAAAUCACUAACAGAAUCAGAGCGUGCCAGAGGGUCAUUGGAGUCCAUUGCUGAACAUGUUGAUGCUGCAUUGGCAGGUUCUGAGAGAUCAGUAUCGGAAAGGUCUUUAUCUGCAUAUGUGAAGAGAGUCAUUGAAUUGGAUAGACAAACAGAAGAGCAUUUUCAGACUUCAUCCCCAAUUCUUAGAUCAUCAAGGAAAGCCAGAGCAGAAUCUGGUGAUUCUUUAGAAAAUGUACCAUCAUUAUCUCUUCUCAAAGAAUUGAAUGCCCCUAAUAGAAUUCUGGAUGUGUUAGAUGCCAAGGUUGAAGAAGCUAGUCAAAAAUCAGAAAUACAAGAAGUAGACUAUGCAAAAUUGGAAGAGAGUGUGAUUGAAGAGGCCUAUUCAAAACAAUGUAGGAAGUCUGAUGUCUUACUGAAACUAGACCUGGAACAGGGAGAUUCAUCUGAAAUUCUUUCAAGGAAGGAUCUUCCUUUAGAUUCUGUAAAUGUUCAGAAAGACUUAGUUAGAUUAGCCAGUGAAAAUCUUCAUAAAAAACAGUCGAAAGAGAGAGAGUCAGAUCAAGGUACUGAUCACAGUACAAGCACCCAAUCAGAAAAAGAAGUUCAUGAACAAAGGAACAUAAAGGAAAGGGACUCAUCUUUGUCAGAGCAUCUUUUUGCUCCUAAGGAGACAUCAUACUCUGAAGAUUUUGAAGUGUCUUCUCUCAAGAAAGACAUUUCAGCUGAACUGUACAAAGAUGACUUUGAGGUGUCAUCUUUGUUGUCACUCAGGAAAGACUCUCAAUCUUGCAGAGAUGAGUCGCGGCCAACAAAGAACUCUACAAGUAGAGCCACUAGCUUGGGCAGUGAUGAUGAAAUCAGUGAGUGCCUCAGUGAGAAAAGCCUUUCUGUUCAUAGCAGUGUCCACUCUGAGAGGCUAUUAGAACUCAAGUCCCCCACUGAGCUUAUGAAAAGUAAGGAGCGCAGUGAUGUAGAGCAUGAACAGGGAGUUACGGAACCCCCUUCCUUGGUUUCAGUUUCUGUUGCAGAUGAGUUACAUGAUUUCCACAUUGGCGAUAGGGUGUUGAUUGGCAAUGUUCAGCCAGGAACUCUUCGAUUCAAAGGCGUGACCAGUUUUGCCAAAGGAUUUUGGGCUGGAGUGGAGUUGGAUAAAGCUGAAGGAAAUAACAAUGGGACAUAUGAUGGCAUUGUAUACUUUGUGUGCAGAGAGAAGCAUGGUAUUUUUGCUCCCCCUCAAAAAAUAUCUCACAUUCCAGAAAACUUUGAUGACUAUGUGGACAUAAAUGAAGAUGAAGAGUCUUACUCAGAUGGACGAUAUCAAUACUAUAAUCAAGAACAAAAAGAUACAGCAGAUUCCAAAUUUGAUAGAGAAAAGGAUGCAGUUGAAUAUUUUUAUGAGAACUCUCUACCUAGUAUGCAUGAUAUAGAAGCCUCACUUGAUGGAAGCCUUAAAAUAGAAACAGACAAGGUACAGGACGUUUCUGGGGUACUUGAAGCCCAUGUUCACCAGCAAUCUUCAGUGGAUUCACUGAUCUCUUCAAAGGAAAACAAAGACGUUCCUGGUGCCAUAGAAAAGGUUUCCAUUGCUGUAGAAGGUGAUACUUUAGACAAUGCCUUUUCUGAAGAAUUAAAGCAGCAGCAGCAGUUGACAGAAAAGGAAGAGGACCUAUGUCCUGAGGUGUCAGAAAAGCUCUCUACUCCACUUCUAGAUCUUUUAGCAAGAGAAAAGAACCAACUGGAAGCCCAGCUGAGGUCCUCACUAAAUGAGGAACAGUCAAAGCAGCAGCUAGAAAAAGUCAGCUUACUGACAGACAGUUUACUAACAGUCUUUGUGAAGGACACAGUCAAUCAACUACAAGAAAUCAAAAAAGCUAGGAAUGAGAAAAUCCAGCUUAGCAAUCAAGGGCUUCUUGAUGAUGAUCGACAGAGUAUGCCACCCCAAGGCCUAUCCCAAAAUCUUGAGGAACAGUCAUCAAGCGUUCCAGAUUGCUUCUUAAGGCCUGACUUAGAAGAUGAAAAAGAAGAGAUUUCUUCACCAGAUAUAUGCCCCAGGCCUGAGAGUCCAGUAUUUGGUGCCAGUGGACAGGAGGAGCUCGCUAAAAGACUUGCUGAACUUGAGAUCAGCCGGGAGUUCCUGAGCGUGUUAGGAGAUGAUCAAGACUGGUUUGAUGAAGACUUUGGUUUGAGCUCUUCUCACAAGAUCCCCAAAAACAAGGCAGAAGAAACAAUUGUACCUCUAAUGGCAGAACCUAAAAGAGCUCCCCAAAAGCCAUGUGAGACACUGUUGGCAGUCCCCCAUACCACAGAGGAAGUAGAAACUCUUGUACAUAAUGCAGUGGAAGAACUCUGGAAAUGGAAAGAAUUAGGUCAUGAUCUCCACAGCAUCAGUGUUCCUACAAAACUGCUUGGCUGUGCCAGUAAGGGUCUAGAUAUAGAAAGCACUAGUAAAAGAGUCUACAAACAGGCGGUUUUUGAUUUAACAAAAGAGAUUUUUGAGGAAAUAUUCGCAGAGGAUCCCAACUUGAAUCAGCCCGUCUGGAUGAAGCCAUGUAGAAUCAACUCCAGUUAUUUCCGACGAGUGAAAAAUCCAAAUAACCUUGAUGAAAUCAAGAACUUCAUAGCCACCGAAGUGCUCAAGUUGUUUAGUCUUAAAAAGGAGCCAAACCACAAAACAGAUUGGCAGAAAAUGAUGAAAUUUGGAAGAAAGAAAAGAGACCGAGUGGAUCAUAUCCUGGUGCAGGAGCUGCACGAAGAGGAGGCGCAGUGGGUGAACUAUGACGAGGAUGAGCUGUGUGUGAAGAUGCAGCUCGCCGAGGGGAUCUUUGAGACCUUGAUCAGAGAUACUAUCGAUGUUCUGAAUCAGAUCAGUGAAAAACAGGGGAGAAUGCUACUUGUGUGACAUCUUGCAAAUAAAUCGAACACUGAGUGUAA